UUUCGCAUGGCGGACGUGCAAGUGAACUCUGUUAUUUGUUGGUGAUAAUUUCAAUUAUUAUCUUUUCGAGAUUCCUUAUGGAAAGGCAAAUUUUCAUGCUACUUUUUCUUUGUGGACGUGCUUUGUUCAUUCCUUAACGUUAGAUGAUGUUAAAGUGUUAGUUAUAGUUAAAUUUGUGAGAACUGCAUAGGUUUUUUCUCAAAAAUGGGAAAAUGUGACGAAGCUAAUGUCGAAGUUAGUAUGGGGGACUCGGCGUCCCCCAUGAAACCUGAUAAUUUUACAUUCACCGUACCCCCUGAGGCUCCUGUCUUCGAGCCCACGCCUGAAGAGUUCCUAGAUCCUUUGGCGUAUAUCAGCAAAAUAAGGCCCAUCGCUGAGAAGUCGGGUAUAUGCAAGAUAAAACCACCCGCCCAUUGGCAGCCACCGUUUGCAGUAGACGUGGAUCGACUGCGUUUCACGCCCAGAAUACAAAGGCUGAAUGAAUUAGAGGCUAUCACAAGGGUUAAGCUGAAUUUCCUAGAUCAGAUUAUCAAGUUCUGGGAGCUUCAGGGCUCUGUUCUCAAGAUACCCACUGUCGAACGGAAACCACUAGAUCUAUACGCCUUGCACAAAAUUGUAAAAGAGGCUGGUGGUUUCGAAGUGUGCUCGGCGGAACGGAAAUGGUCAAAGAUAGCACGGCGUAUGGGCCACCCCCAGGGAAAGGGCAUCGGAUCGAUACUAAAGAAUCACUACGAGCGCAUCCUCUACCCGUACGAUGUGUUCAAGAACAGUGGCGCCGUAAACUGCGCUGGUGAUAACAAAGAAACGAAGAUUGAAGUGAAAGGCGAACAGACGCCGGAGAAGGCAGGGCGGAGGUCGAGCAAGCCCCCGGCGGCGACCCCGCCCCCCGCGCGCCGCUUCAAGAGUUCGGAACCCGAGGCGGCCGAGGGCAGCCACACGGAGGGCGCUCUGCCCGCCGGCGACGACAAAAAGACCCCCAUCAAGGAGGAGCCCGGGGAGACCCGUCGGAGUCCGCGCGAGAACAAGUGGAUGUCGGCGGCGGGCAGCUGCGGCGCGCGCGCCCGCGUGCUGCGCUCCACGCGCCUGCGCGAGCACCGCCUCAGCAACAUGACCGUGUCCGUCACGCCCGCGCCGCCGCCGCUGCACCCCGACGACCCCCUCGCCAAGUACAUGUGCCACGUGUGCGGGCGCGGCGACAUCGAGGAGCAGAUGCUGCUGUGCGACGGCUGCGACGACUCGUACCACACGUUCUGCCUCGUGCCGCCGCUGGCCGACGUGCCCAAGGGCGACUGGCGCUGCCCCGUGUGCCUCGCCGAGGAGGUGUCGAAACCGACGGAGGCGUUCGGCUUCGAGCAGGCGUCUCGGGAGUACACGCUGCAGCAGUUCGGAGAGAUGGCUGAUCAGUUUAAAUCUGAUUACUUCAAUAUGCCAGUCCAUAUGGUGCCCACGUCGACGGUAGAACGCGAGUUCUGGCGCGUGGUGUGCUCCAUCGACGAAGACGUGACGGUGGAGUACGGCGCCGACCUUCACUCCAUGGACCACGGAUCGGGUUUCCCUACAAAAUCCAGCGCACAUCUGUAUCCGGGUGAACAACAAUAUGCAGAAUCCAGUUGGAACUUGAACAACUUGCCGGUACUAGAAGGUUCUGUGCUCGGUCACAUCAAUGCUGAUAUAUCUGGAAUGAAGGUCCCCUGGCUGUACGUGGGAAUGUGCUUUGCGACAUUCUGCUGGCACAACGAAGAUCACUGGAGCUACUCCAUCAACUACUUGCACUGGGGUGAACCCAAGACAUGGUAUGGAGUACCUAGCUCGAAAGCUGAACAGUUUGAGGCAGCAAUGAAAGCUGAAGCACCCGAGCUGUUCCAGCUACAGCCGGACCUGUUGCACCAGUUGGUCACUAUUAUGAACCCCAAUGUUCUCAUGAAGGCAGGCGUUCCCGUGUAUAGGACGGACCAGCACGCGGGCGAGUUCGUGAUCACGUUCCCCCGAGCCUAUCACGCGGGCUUCAACCAGGGAUACAACUUCGCUGAGGCGGUCAACUUCACGCCCGCCGAUUGGCUGAAAAUGGGUCGCGAGUGUAUCGCCCACUACUCCACACUGCGGCGAUACUGCGUGUUCUCGCACGACGAGCUCGUGUGUAAGAUGGCUCUGGAAGCGGACUCACUAAGUCUUACCGUGGCGCUGGCGGCCUACAGAGACAUGAGGACCAUGCUGCACGAUGAGAGGAAACUGAGGAAGACGCUCCUUGAUUGGGGUGUGACGGAGGCCGAACGCGAGGCGUUCGAGCUGUUGCCGGACGACGAGCGACAGUGCCACGAGUGCAAGACCACGUGCUUCCUGUCGUGCGUCACGUGCACUUGCACGCCGCACGUCGCGUGUCUGCGUCACCACGACCGCCUGUGUGCGUGCGCACCCGCCGCGCACAAACUGAGAUAUCGCUACACUCUCGAUGAGCUUCCCGCUAUGUUAGAAAAGUUAAAACGCAAGUCUGAGCAGUUCCGCGAGUGGGCGGAGGCCGUCCAGAAUGCUCUCGAUCCAGACACGCCCAAGACUUGCGACCUAGAUGGAUUGAGGGCACAUCUUAAGAGGGCGCAUGAUUUGAAGAUGCACAAGACUGAGCUGGUCCGCGCGCUGGAGACGGCCAUCGAGGACGCGGAGAAAUGCGCGUCCGUGAUCCAGCAGCUCGACCUCAACAAGAUGCGCACGCGAACGCGACACCACGACCCCAAGUACCGGCUCUCCAUACACGAGCUUACGCUCUUCGCGGCCGAGAUCGACGGACUCGCCUGCGUGCUGCCCGAGGGUUCAGCUGUUAAAGAAGUAUUACGACAAACCGCGGAAUUCGAAGACCGCGCCACUGAGCUGCUGAGUAAGGAGCUCGACGAGUGCGAUUCGGCUUCUGUCAGGGAGUUGGAGGAAGUGGUAGAUCUCGGGUCUCGUCUUUGCAUCGUGCUGCCGCAAUUGUCUGCGCUACAAGCUCGCCUGCAACAGGAGAAGUUCGUGGUGUCUGUGCACACGCACCGCGAGGACUGCUCCACACUUUCGCCCGAAAUCAUCGACAAGCUGCUGGCUGAAGCCGAGACUGUGGUGCCGCAUCGACGCGUUGAGGCGGAGAGGGCGGCGUUAUACAAACUCAAAUUACAAGUAGAAGACUGGGAACGUCGUGCACGCGCAGUUCUCAUAGACACGAAUACACCUAAGAACAGAGAAUCGUUCAGCGAGUCGGACGAGCAUACCACCCUCGCCGAACUAGACGCAUUGUUGGCUGAGGGAGACGAGAUCGAGGCAGCCUUGCCGUCCUACCACACGCUGCACACAGCGACUACGCACGCGAGGGAUUGGCUCGCGAAGGUGGAGGAGAUGCAGUCGAAGGAGCUGUACCCGUACAUGCACAGCGUGGAGGCACUGUCUCGUCGGGGCGCGCAAAUUCCGCUGGCGCUGCUAGAGAAGAAGCAUCUCGCCGCCGCGCUCACCUCCGCGCAAGACUGGCAGCGAGGCGCAGCUGACAUGUUCCUCAAGAAGAACUGGCAGUACUCGCUGCUGGAGGCGCUGGCCCCGCGCGGCGAGGCGGGGGAGGGCGCGGAGGGCGAGGGCGGCGCGGGCGGCGCGGGCGGCGCGGGCGGCGCGGGCGGCGCGGGCCGCAAGCGCGCGCGCGGGGAGCCCCCGGCCGAGGCCGCGCUGCUGCGGCACUUCAGCGAGGACGCCACGCCCACUGAGAUCGUGGCCGCCUUCAAGCAGGCCGAGCAGCGCGAGCUGGCCGCCGUCAAGGAGCUCCGAGCUCGCAACAUGCGCAAAGAAGUGAGGGCUCCACCAACAGCUGGAGUAACAUUCUGCAUUUGUCAGAAGCGACAGUAUGGAAUUAUGAACCAGUGCGAAUUAUGCAAGGACUGGUUCCACGCAUCAUGUGUGGCGUCCGCUCGUGACGACACAGAGGAGGGCGAGGAAUCUCCAGAGAGGAUAGAGCUUCCUUUCCCCUGCACAGAGACGAAAUUUCUCUGCCCGGAUUGUACUCGUACAAAGCGACCGCGCCUACAUCGGAUAUUGGCUUUACUGGUGUGGCUGCAGAAGCUGCCCGUGCGGCUGGCGGAGGGCGAGGCGCUGCAGUGCGUGACGGAGCGCGCCAUGGCGUGGCAGGACGCGGCGCGCGCGCUGCUGGCCGGCCCGCUGCUGGCCGCGCUGCCCGCCCGCCGCGCGCACCACGAGCGCAAGGACUCGCACGCCAGGUCGUCCGCGAGCAUGGAGCACGCCUACAGCGCCACGCCGCGCGCGCUGGGCGCCGGCGCACGCGUACCGCCCGGACUGCUGCAGAAACUGGAGGACCUCAUGCUGGAAGGAGAUUUGCUCGAGGUGCGGCUGUCGGAGCAGGCGUGCGUGUGGAGCGCGGUGUGGGCGGCGCGCGCGGCGGAGGGGCGGCGCGGCGCGCGCGUGCUGGACGCGGGCCGCCGCAAGCGCGCGCCGCCCGCGCCGCGCCACGCCGCGCUCAAGCGGACGCGCCCCGCCGGCGCCGCCAAGACCGCCAUGAAGCGCGCCUCCGCCGCCACCACCAACUACUUGAAUAGGAAGCAGGGCGUAUCGUCGGGCUCCGGCCUCAUGAUGCGCAAGCACUACAUGGCGAGACAGGAGCGGCGCAAGCGAGCCAUUCCUGCGCACCAUCAUGCGAGGCAGGCGAGAAUAGCAGCACAGGCGCGCGCGGCUCGUGGCGCGGCGCGGCGCAGCAGCUCGUCGUCGCGCUCGUCCGCCGACGACGACGAGGACUGCGCCGCCGCCGCCUGUCUGCGGCCCACAGGAAAAGUCGACUGGGUGCAAUGCGACGGCGGCUGCGACCAGUGGUUCCACAUGCACUGUGUGGGGCUCAACCGCGGGGCGCUGCGGGAGGACGACGAGUACGUGUGCGGCUCCUGCGCCGAGAACAAGUCCCGCGCCGACCGACACUGAACACCACGCUAACUACCGCAUGGUAGGACAUCAUAUAGGAAAUUGUAGAAUCGUCUCAAACGUACGGUGCUCACAUCUUUUCUAUACGGACAAUAAAAGAGUGAUUAUAAGGACAUUUUCGAUGCCGAGUGCACUGUGCCGUCUCUAAUGUAUACACUGGGUGGGCAAUGCGUCGGUGACCCCGGGUAGCUGCUUCAAUUAUUUGUGUUCAUUAGAGAUAUGUCGUAAAGGCGAUUGUGAAAGUCAAACAUCUUGUAAAGUAUUUGUAGUUGACCUGCACUCGAGUGGCAUAACAUUAUAACUAUGUUUUUAAUUGAACUGUAUUUUGUAAGUUAAAAUACUAUGUCACCAGUGUUGAAAACUGUUUCAACGAUCACGAACAAAAAUAUAAAUGAAUACGAUAUGUAUGUAUCAACGCUGUGCGAUAUUUAACUAAGAGCAGGCAAAUCCGAAUUACUUAAUUAUAAUUUGGGUGAACUUUUUUCACAAAAAGUCCAUAAAAUCUCAAACAUAACAAAUCACAGGAUUUUGUUUAUAAAAUUAAUAUCACAACCAUUAACGAUCAAGCGAUGAAAGAUAUUUCGCAAACUAUAACCUGCAAUACGAGCUAUUAGACCCGCUUUUGUCUUCAGUCGUGAAGUCUAGUAAAAGAAGACCAGUUUAUUGGCUCUCCCUCACGAAUUUAAUUUUGUUCGAGCUAUCGAUUCAGAAUGUAAGUUACCAAAAGUUGUGGUUCUUAUGUCUGUAUCGAUACGUCGACUAUAUCGGCCCCCGUUAUUGUCUUUUCCAACAGCAUGUUCCUUACAAUCCCCAGACACACUAUACGUGUAGAUGAUCCGACAUAUCUAUGUUAACAGCAAAGUGUUAUCCAAGCGCUUAAGUCCCUCAUAGCAUGAAUGAAACAUCAAAAUAUAUCACAUGUAAUUUUAUAAUAGCUUAUACAAAGGUAAUUUCCAAACAGUAAAAAGACAAUUCGAAGAAGUUUUACUUUAAAAAUGUUUUAAUUAAAAAAAAAAAAGUAGUAUAACUCUUAUUUUAAUUCCGUAUAUUUGUGUAAGUUAUCAUAAAAUGUUAAAAUGAAAACGUAAAAUAAAAUGCGAACUUUCGUGUCUUUGUUUAUUCGACUAUAUCAUUUACAUAAGAUACUAUUUCAAUCAACCUUCUCCUCAAAAAAAAAAAAAAGGGAGAGGAGGCCUUAGCCCAGCAGUGAGACAUUUACAGGCUGUUACUGUUACUAUUUCAAUUGUUUAUAAAAUCUUUUGUUGCGAGCGAGUAACAUCUAUGUGAUUGUUACUCAAGAUAAUUGAUAGACAAACAUGACACAGUAUAAAACAUCGUGAAUUGUUUGAUCCCGUUGAGGAGAAUAUAAAAACAUUAGCACUUAGUAAUGUUGAUAAAAUCAAAUUCAUAAAUUGAUUCUUAAUUUAAUACAAUGUUAAGUAUUUUCAAUAUUGCUGUUUCACGUAUAACCAAAGAUUAUUGCACAAUUUUCGUCAAUAAUGAAGUUUAAUAUAAUUGAUGUUCAAGAACAAUUAAUUAAAUAUAUUUUAAAGCGUUUCACUUUACAAAACUGAUUUGUAUUAGAAUUCAAUUUACACUUGAAAUAGCACAAAUAUUAUCCAUUAAUAUUUUGCAUGACAAAAAUACGAAUAUUUAUUUAUUAUAAAUAAAUGUUAGAAAAACUAUGAAUGUUGCUUGCUCUAUAAUAUAAUAAAAGAAAAUACAGUGUUUGUGUAAUUAAAAUAAAAUCUCAAUCACAGAUAGGCUGGAAAAUUGCACCUAAAGCUGUAAUGUUCCGAGCUAAAGUAUACUUUAAGUCUAGAUGCCACAAGGUUCAAAAAAUCUUAAGACUCUAUGGAUGUAUUUUGGGAACCGUUUUAGUUGGAUGAAAUGGGCAUUAAACGACAUUGUUGUUUAUAUAACAUAAAAAAUAGUGUAUUGAAAGAUACAAUAUUUCAUCUACAAAAUUAAAAUCUAAUUAUUACUUAUAUGUUAAAGUUUUACGUCCAGUGAAAUGAAAAGCUGUUAGUUGUUGACAUUUUGACAAUUUUGGCAGUUCAUAGAAUAAAUACAUGUUGUUCGUUACACUUUAAAAUUAUUGUUACAUCGGUGUUUAGAUGAGUUUAUAUGGGAGAAUAAUAUAAUACAGCGUUGGUGUGAACUUGAUAACAUAACACAGUUUUUUUAAAUGCUAUUUUUUAAAGUUGAAUUGACUUCUAUGUUAAAUUAUGAGAGCUGUAAAGCCAAUUUAAACAUUAUAUUUUUCUAUUUAUAUAUUUUUCAGUCAGCUUCUAGUUAUCAAUUUUUAUCUUGAUAUAUAAUCUAUAUCCAUUAGGGUAAUAGAGAUAAAAAACCGAUUCAUAAGUAAGACGACGUCGCGUCAUCUAAUAUUUGAAUUAUGUUUUGUUUUGUUUAUUUAUAAUAAUAAAUUGUUAUUUUUUCCAUCUGUUCACACAAGCGCUCUGCUCUCUUUUAUGAACUCGAAGAUGUUUAGUGACUACUACUUUAAAUCACUCACAUAUAGUAAUCAGUGUUCUAUGUAGAGUCUUUCCUCUUGCAGACCGUUGAAAGGGAAUAGGGACAAUUUUUUGAAUUUGAUAAAAGAAAGAAUGUUGCCAUUAAAAAAAAAACAUUAAUUUAGUUUAAUGAAGGCCACGUUUUAGUAAAACCUGUUGAUUUAUUUUAUAAACUUGAGUAUUGGAUGAAACAAAUGUGUAACAACUUUUUCAAGAAAUGUUACUGUGAAAGAGGUGCUUUUGAUGCAAUGUCGCCAGUAACAUACUGUUUUAGGCAGAAUAAAAAAGUUGUAUGGUGGGGGUAGGUAUAAAUUUGACUUUUUUUUAUAUUCUAGGAAGUAAUAUAACGAUUGAGAUAAAUGGAAUGGUUAUGACGAUAAAAUGGAACAUUUCAAAUAAAGAACGUUUAAAACAAGUUCUUUAAAACGAUUUGUGAUGUAUGUAUAGUAUGUAAUGACGUGACAUUUCCAAGAUAGCGGCGCUGUUCUAAAUUUAAAAGCGACGACGCAAGAAAAUGUCAGAAAUGUCCGUGUUUUUAUAAAAAAAAGGUUUUGAUAAGAGAGUAUGUACGGUCAUCAAAAUUUUGUAAAUAUUUUUUUAAAACGAAAAUCUAUAGGAAAUUUUUCUAUUGUAUUUAGAACUUGAAUUUUGUAAGUAGAGUGUGUGCGGAUUUUGUAUGGAUUGCUUAGAUAAAUGUUAACGUAAUGAUUGUAAGUGUCAUUUGUCCGGGCAUGAAGUAUGCAUCCUGUCGUUCUUGUGUUCGUUCAUUGUAAAGGAUCACCCCCAAGUGCUUCUGUUUCAAACUGUAUGUAAUUAUUGUUGUAAUUUGAUAUUUGUCUAUUUAAUAAAUCCAUAUUAACAAUACCAUCUCCUUUUAAUUUUAAAAUCUCUUGGGACUAUUACAAAGGGUCAUUUAAUACAGGAUACAAAUUUUAAACAAACAAAGUAAUAUAACAAAAGUAUUAUAAUUCUUAAAUUCACUUAUUGUUCCUUUAAAAAGGGGAAGGCGGUUGCUUUAUGUUCCUUCCAUUGUUAAAUGUUAAUUAUUAUUAACAUUUUUAUAGUUAACUUAUAAAAUGGUAGUUUUUACUGCAGAUGUUGAAUUUGUUGUUUAGAAUCACUUCACUAAUUUGACAGUACUUAAUAGUUUUUCAAAUGCUAACUAAAGUCAAACUUAAUAAAUUGAAUUUUUUAUUAAAUCUGACUUUAAUUAGCAUAGCUUUAAUCUGAAUGAUCAUUGGUCGGUGGCAGUCGAUGACGCAUUCGGCGACCAAUAAGCGUUCAGUAUUGCUUUGCUCCUCUAUAAAUAUCCUUUGUAAUGUGCACAUGAGAAAGAGACAGCAAUAUUUUAGUGCUGUCUAAUUAGUGUAGUUGGAACAUUCAUUGAGGUCGACUAAGCUGUGCCGUCCUCCCAAUUGUCAGAUAUUAUGGAAAUAAUGUACCAAUGUUAAUUAUGGUUAUUUCUACUUCAGUUAGAAACAGAUGUUUUUAUUUUUAAUGGACUAUUAUUAAUAAUUAUUUGCUAAUAAUCUCAAAUUUGUCAGAGAUAAGUUUAUAAAGUGUCUAUAAAUUUUAUUGCUUCUUAAAAAUUUCGUAAUGUAUUGUACGUGCUUAGUAUGAUUAAUUUUGCGACUUAAAAUUUUCUAGAUGCAUUUUGGACAUCUUUAAGGCAUUUUUUAUGAAUUGGUUUCUAUUAGUGCGCGACUAUGCUGUCGUUAGGCACUCUUAUAUAGAACACGUACAGCCAUUUAACGAAAGUUGUGACGACCUAAUGGAAUCCGAUUUUUUUAUUUCAUAUUAAAAACAAUCUACAUAGUUGUCUAUGGCUUCUUCGGAUUUUUAAGAUAUUUUAAAAACGGAAUUAUAUUCAUUAAGAAAAAUACUUUUAUAUUUAAUAUCAUUAAGGUACACAGUUUUGCGUUAUUUAUUUACAAGAUGGCUGUAAUUCGUUAGUUAAGACGGUCCAUUGUACGAUCUCUGCUUCAGUAUAAAUAUGUAGUAUAAAGUGAACUUAAUGCCGUGUACAUAAAGUUCAUUUCAUUCACUCUAUAAGGGUGUGUACAGAUUUGUAUAUCGUAAUAAAAAUGUGUAAAAAUAUAUUUGAUGUAAAAUGAAUUUAUUUUAUCUCUUGAACUAAAUUUAAAAUUCCAAAUUUUCACAGAUGAAUUACAAACAAUUCCGUAUACAUCCAGAUAUAUAAAUCUAAAUUGUACAAUUAAAAUAACUUGUAAAACUUUUAUGGUUUUUAAUCUGUCACUAAGUUUUGUUUCUGAUCUGAUGUUAAAAAUAAUUCCAGCAUGAAUGUAUAAACAUUAGUAUAAUGUACAGAUAUCAGUUAAGUGGUCAGUUGUGCAAGUGAACCGGUGAGCCGAGCGUUAGUGAUUAUUUAACUUUUAAUGUUGAUACUAUAUUGUUGACAGUUUGAAAGCUCACAUCACCGAGUACGGUUGGACAGCGAGACGGUUAUGUGUACCAAAUAAUAUAGAGAAUUAUUGAAAAAAUA